AUGACGGGCGGAGGAAAGGCGUCGCGACGGCGACGAGAGAAUCCGGCGCGAGAGGAUGAACGCCCGGGAACGGCCCCAGGUGAAAGCGGAGUCGAGGUGAACGUCGGCCGAACGACGACUGCCGUGGCAACGUCUACCAAGAAAUCUGUUAAUAACCGCAUUAACAAUGAGAUCCAGCAGGAGAAUAAAGCACAUUCGGCAAAAAAUGAUAAAUUUAUACACAGCACGGAUAAAUAUCGCGACAAAAGGAAAAUCGAGAAGAGAGAUGCGCUACGGGAUAAGAAGUUUUUUGCGAGAAACUCGUUGCUCACCGAUCUUUUCGAGAACCCGCACAUUCGUACGGUUUACAAUAUGUUCAUAGUUACCUUCAUACUCUUGCUCAUCAACACCGUCAUAUCCGACAUCAUGGAGUCGGGAACGAUUCGUGUUGGUACCAAUACGUUCCGACUAGGUUUUCCAAAGUUCUCAUCGUGCGUUUGCAUUUGGUUGUUCAUGCAGGCCUCGACACUCGGCGUUUACGUGCCCUUCACCCUUUGGGCAUACCAGCGACAACGAUUCUUGCCAAAAUCCUUUAUCCAGAAAUUUUGGGACUAUAGCUGGCUGUCAGCAUUUAUACUAUAUCAAAUCCUCUUUCUCGUUUUUCCUAUGAGAAUAGCACUCGAUGUUGAUCUCUACAUGUGCUGCGCUUUAAUUAUUAUUAUGGAACAAUUACGCAUGAUGAUGAAAAGUCACGCUUUCGUCAGGAGCGUGGCACCCAGAUUUUUGUCGUAUAAGCCCCACAGCGAAACUCCACGACCGAGCGGCCCCAGGUUCUCACAGUAUUUGUACUUCCUAUUCGCACCUACUCUUGUGUAUCGCGACGAAUAUCCUAGAACGAAAAAAAUAAGAUGGACGGUGGUGAUUUGGAAAUUCACUGAGGUUGGCCUAGCGAUGUUCUAUCUCGCCUUCAUAUUUGAACAUUUUGUGGCACCAGUCUCUCAUGUGUUCGGCACGCAACAUCUGGAUUGGAAAUGGUACAUUAGAAAUAUCAUUGAGUUUAGUAUCCCCGGCAUUCUGUAUUUCCUCACCGCGCAAUAUCUCCUAUUGCACUCGUGGAUGAACGCUUGGGCGGAAAUGCUGCGGUUUGCCGAUCGAUUGUUUUACAAGGAUUGGUGGAACAGCACGACUUAUCACGAGUAUUAUCGUACGUGGAAUUUAGUGGUGCAUGAUUGGUUAUACACUUACAUCUAUAAGGACAUGUACGAGAUCGUGGUGCCGGGCAACCGACUGCUGUCAGCUGCUGCCGUAUUCCUUGCUUCCGCCAUCGGUCACGAGUACAUGUUCGCGUUCUCACUGCGGUUCUUCUAUCCAGUGAUGUUCGUCUUGUUCGGCGUUUUAGGCUUCGGCAUGUUCUUCGUCCGUAAGAUCGUCAACAGCAAUGUCUUGAUGUGGCUCGGCUGGAGCCUCGGCAUGGGUAUGCUAUUCAGUUUGUACUCGAUGGAGACGUGCGCCCGAUGGAACAACUGUCCACCUCACCCUAAUUACUACCUCGAUCUCUUCAUACCGCGAAGUUGGAGUUGUCAAAAACUAUUUGGCAUGUAGACCGUUCCGUACGUGUAGAUAAUGAAAUGUUUUCCUUAAACAAUUUAUUCUCUGUGCUUCGAUGGUGAGAUAAGUGUACGCAGAAAAUGUGUAUUAAUUAAAAAAAUAUAUUUGUCUUCUGUAAGCUGCACCUUUAUUAUACAAUAGUUUAUAUAUACAUAUAUAUAAAAUAUUUAACUGAAUAUUUUUAAUAUACUAAUGUAUAACGGUAUAUUGUUACAAGUGCGGUAAGUCGAAGAAAUUAACUGAGAUAUUCAAGCGCGGACACAGAAUUCAAAACGGCAAAUUAAUUUAAUUGUAAUUUAAAAUUUGUAGAAAUAUGUAUAAUAAAGCAUAAUUAGAUUGUUAUACUUCUGCAAUAACAAUCAAUUUGUCAUACAAAAA